AUGGAGGCGCCCUGGGGGAUCGGCAACGCCGAGCGGAGCUGGUACGUCUCGGCCCAGCAGUCCGAAGCGGCGGAGGCGGAAGAGUUGAGCCCGUUGCUAAGCAACGAACUUUACAGACAGGGAUCCCCAGGUGUUUCGUUUGGUUUUUCUGUGUUUAAUUUGACAAAUGCCAUCAUGGGAAGUGGCAUCCUUGGUUUAGCUUAUGCUAUGGCUCAUACUGGCAUCCUUGGAUUUAGUUUCUUGCUGCUGAUAGUUGCUCUCCUGGCUUCCUACUCAGUUCACCUCCUGCUAAGUAUGUGUAUUCAGACAGCUGUGACAUCUUAUGAAGAUCUUGGACUCUUUGCAUUUGGAUUACCUGGAAAGAUGGUGGUAGCAGGCACCAUCAUAAUUCAGAAUAUUGGAGCUAUGUCAUCAUAUCUUGUAAUUAUUAAAACAGAGCUUCCUGCUGCUAUUUCAGAAUUUUUGUCAGGAGGCCAUACUGGGUCUUGGUAUCUUGAUGGACAAAUACUACUAAUAAUCAUUUGUGUUGGCAUUGUGUUCCCUCUUGCACUUCUUCCUAAAAUAGGCUUUCUUGGCUACACAAGUAGUUUAUCAUUUUUCUUUAUGGUGUUCUUUGCUGUUGUGGUAAUAAUUAAAAAAUGGUCCAUCCCUUGUCCUCUGCCAUUAAAUUAUAGAGAACAAUCUUUCCAGAUUUCAAAUGCUACAGAUGAUUGUAAACCAAAGCUCUUUCAUUUCUCCAAAGAGAGUGCUUAUGCCGUACCUACUAUGGCUUUUUCAUUUCUCUGCCAUACCUCAAUAUUGCCCAUAUACUGUGAACUUCAAAGCCCUUCAAAGAAAAGAAUGCAAAAUGCAACCAAUACAGCAAUUGCUUUAAGUUUUCUCAUUUAUUUUAUAUCUGCACUCUUUGGGUACCUCACGUUUUAUGACAAAGUGGCAUCAGAAUUACUGCAAGGUUAUAGCAAGUACUUGCCACAUGAUGUUGUUGUCAUGGCUGUGAAGCUAUGCAUACUAUUUGCUGUGCUUUUGACAGUCCCUCUAAUCCACUUCCCUGCAAGAAGAGCUUUAAUGAUGAUGUUUUUCUCCAAUUUUCCAUUCUCAUGGACUCGCCAUUCUUUGAUCACUCUAGCACUCAAUGUUACCAUUGUUUUACUUGCAAUAUAUGUUCCUGACAUUAGGAAUAUAUUUGGUGUGGUUGGUUCCAGUACAUCAACGUGUUUGAUUUUUAUAUUCCCAGGACUAUUUUAUCUUAAACUUAGCAGAGAGGAUUUUCUCUCGUGGAAAAAACUUGGGGCUUUUGUUUUGCUCAUCUUUGGAAUUUUGGUUGGGAAUUUUAGUUUAGCAAUAAUCAUUUUUAAUUGGAUUAGUAAAUGAAACAAAUAUUUUCCCACUUCUUACAAAGAAUAAUUUACCUCUAUAUGCAAAAAGGAAUAAUUCUGUAAAGCACCUUUGAUGAAUCCUUUUUAUAUGGGUAAACAUUUUUAUAAACAUUAUUAACAGAAAAGCAGAACAAAAUGGGAAUAGGUAGCAGAAAGUGGGUUUAUAGCAGUUUUAAUUAAAAUAAAAUUCAAAAUGUUCUUUGAUAAGUUAGGUCAACCUUUGUAUUUUUUUAAAAAUUAAUAGACUUUAUUUUUUAGGGUGGAUUUGAUGUUUACAGAAACAUUGAGCAGAAGGUACAGAGUUCUCAUAUAUCCCCUGAUCCCCAACACACCCAUAGUUUCCCAUAUUGUUGAAAUCUUGCAUUCAUGUGGUGCAUUUGUUAUACUUGAUGAGCCAAUAUUGAUACAGUACUUGUAAAACAUUUUUUAAGUUUGUUGAUUUUGAGAGAGAGCGAGAACAUGAGCAAGGGAGGGGCAGAGAGAGAGAGAGAGAGAGAGGGAGGGAGAGAGAGAGAAUAUCAAGCAGGCUCCGCACUGGCAGCACAGAGCCUGACACGGGGCUGGAACUCACAAACCAGGAGAUCAUGACCUGAGCCAACAUCAAGAGUCACUUAACCAACUGAGCCACCUGGGUACCCCUUGAUACAGUAUUAUUUACUAAAGUACAUAGUUUGCCUGAGAGUUCACUGUUGAUGCAAGCAUUGGCAACCACUGAUCUUUUGACUGACUUCAUAAAAACUGUGAGCCUUUCCCUGUGAGCCUUUUCUAGGAUGUCAUAUAGUUGGAAUUAUAUAUUAUCUAACCUUUCAGGCUGGCUCUUUCACUUAAAAAAAAAUGCAGUUAAGUUUCCUCCACGCAUUUUCAUAUAGCUCAUUUCUUUUUAUUAUUGAAUAAUAUUCCACUGUAUGGAUGGGCCAGUUUGUGUUUUCAUUCACCUGUUGAAGGACCUCUUCUGGCUUUCAAAGUUAUGAAUAAAGUGUGUACAGGUUUUUGUGUGGA